AUGUCUGAAAUGGCUGCUGAAACGGCUGCUGAAACUGAUGUAAAAGCCGGUGAAGAUACGAUACCAAGCACUAAUUCACAAACGGUAUCAUCCGAAGAAGCAAUGAAUGAAGUACCGAACAAUGACGACUCUGAAGGCGUGGCAUCCGGUGAUGGGCUAUUUGGAGAUGAAUCAGAUCGCUCUGGAGAUGAGUCAGAUAAUAGCAGCGAUAGCGACGAAAAUAGUAGUCGGCGUGUAUCUUCUAGGCCUACUGGUUUAGGUAUGAGCGAUGAUGAUGAAGAGCAGCAAAUGUACAAUCGAAAGUUCUAUGGGGACGAUCUGACGGGUCCUUCAGACCGCUCUGACGAAGAAGAGGCUGAGAUACGUGAGGCUGAUGUCGAAGUUGUAAAGCACGUGGUUCCGUACUAUACUACUAGUAAAAAUAAAGAAGAUACGUUAUACUAUGCGAAAAUACCGCAAUUUCUAACGAUUGACCCUGUGCCCUUCGAUCCCCUUAGUUUCAAGGCGCAAGUGAAACAAAGGCAGGAGCAGUAUUCAUCAAAAGAGGAUCAGUUGGAUGACAGACUUAUCGAUGAAAACACUGUCAGAUGGAGAUAUUCCCGUGGUGAAAAUCAGCAAGUCUUCAAGGAUUCCAAUGCGCAAGUUAUCCAGUGGUCAGAUGGUACAUUCUCGCUAAAGCUCGGCGAUGAGUACAAUGACAUUCUUGUCAAUGACAUAGAGAAUACGUUUAUGACCGUGUCACAUGAUCAGCAGGAACUCAUGCAAUGCGUUGAAGGCGGAGAGAUCAAGCAUUCGAUGCUCUUCAUUCCAACCUCCACUAAUUCCAGCGUGCACCAGCGCUUGAGCAAGGCGGUCGCCAGGCGUGAAGCGAGGGAGUCGGGUCCAUCUACUUAUAUAGUGCGCAUGGAUCCAGAGCUCGAGAAGAAGGAGCUCGAGAAGAAACACGACCAAUUAAUCAGAGAGCGUAGGAAAAGACAAUUAAGAGAGCAGAUGGACCGUGAGAAUGCCGAACUCGAGGGUGUCGACACUGGAUCUUUUGGCAUCAAGCGCACCGCUGGUCGUCUGCAGACCCCAGAAACGUACGGCAGGAGAUUCGCAGAUGAGUACGAUGAUGAGGAUGGGUUCAUUGACGAUGCUGAGGAGGUCGAGGGAUACUCUGAUGAAAGUGCAGACGGCGCUGAAGCCUUGGACGAUGGAAACUCAGACGAAGAAGAAGAUUUAAACGCAGAAAGACUAAAGCGGCUAAAGAAAGAAGGCGCUGCUAUGUACAAAGAAACCAGGGCAUCCUCUCAGGACUCAGAUGGAGCAGAUCAAGGUUCUAUACAGAAGCGCAGGAAAAUAGCGGUUCUUGAUUCCGACGAAGAAUGA